UGUCAAGGCACUUGAUAGCUUCAGAUUGAAAAGGGUAAAGUGAUGGGGGAGUCUUUGGAGCAUAACCCUGCUCCCGGUAGGAGACAUCAUGUAGACAGGCCAGGCGGUCGUAGUAGGCAGCCGAAUCAUUGUCUUUUCUCCGUUGGAGCAGCGGAGAAGAGUCGGCGAAUGGGCCUUCGGCCGACUUCCUCUUCGAAGAACCCAUUAAUUAAAAUUAAAUAGUAAUUGCCUCCGUCAAGUCGAGAACCAAGUGGCGUAGCUCUUUCGCGCUAAGACGAGACGGGACGGGACGGCUGCCGGAGGAAGCGAGAAAAAAGGGCCAGCAGGUGAGUUUCCGAUUGAGUUGAGAUUGGAAGGAGAAAAGCAGCAGCGACUCUGUAACCCUAGUAGCAGGGUAACAAAAGCAGGAGGAACUGACGAAUGAACCUCUCUCUACAAUUGCAAUUUCAAUUUGCAAGAAAGAAAAUAACUCAAA